CCAGAACAUUUGUCAUCUGCGUCUGUGAGUAGGGAAGGCUAGAGGGAGGAGGAGAGACUGAGAGAUUCAUGAGAGAGAGCUGGUGACAAGCAGAGAAACGAGCAGAGCACAGUGUCUUAGUGAUGAAGUUUGGCUUGGAUGUAGUGUGGAAACAGUGUUUUUCGCUAAGGACUUAAUGAGUUUUGAAAAUCCUGCCGUUACCUUGAGCCAACCAGAUCUGGAUUCGUGAGUCAUACCAUGGCUCUAAAAUCUAACCUGGGAAAUCUUCUCCUCUACUUUGGAUUGUAUGGGAUCUGUACAGGAUUUCUACAAGAGAACUGCACCAACUACAUGCAGCAGUUUGAAAGGGUUUACUCUGUUCCUGGAGAUGCAGCGAUGCUCAACAGCACUUUGGUGUCUCCGGACGUCUUCAACUACACCAGUGUCCCAUACAACAUCACCUGGUACAACUUACAGACUGGACAAGAAAUAAACAGCCAGAGGGGCCGGGUCCUCGUGAUGGGGGAGACCCUGUGGUUGCUUAAUUUAACAUUAGCAGAUGACGGAGAAUACCUGGUCAUACUAAGAACACCUGUCAGGUGCUACCAGCAGUCCAUCAUACUGGUGGUUGACCUUCCAUCCCCUGGAUUGUGUGGAAAACCACGAAAGAUCGAUCAAAUCCUAACAAAGGGAGUCAGCAACAAGCUGUCCUGCCCUCUGAAGGAUUACAUAAAUAAACUCAACAGUUACAACAUCAGCUCCACCCUCAGGUGGUACAGGGGCUGUGACAUCAUCAACAAUACAGAGAAGUACAUCUACAAGGAUAAGACCAAACUGCUGAUCAAAGGGGUGGAUUCUGAAAACCACCAUUCCUACACCUGCACCCUCUCCUUCAACCUAGGAGGGGGCAUGGGGUCGGUGUCAGAAACGAUAGAUGCUGUGGUCAGAGAGGAGUACUUCAUGGUUCCACAAGUACGUGAACCAACUAAUACUGCAUUUAAGGUACACGUUGGCUCCAGUUUUAGUCAGCGGUGUAGAGUUUUUGUACCAGGUGUUGGACUUCCCUUUGUUGACAUCAUUUGGUUUGCUGAUUACAAGUACAUCGCCUCCAGAAAUCCUUCGGACCGCAUUUACACGACCCAACAACCGCUUCAGAACCAAUAUGGUCUCCAGAAAGGUGUGUGGUUGGAGGUACUGCUGACGUUUAAGGAGACCAGAGAGGAAGAUUUUUUCAUUAACUACACCUGCCAAGCGCAGAGUUCUCGUGGACAUCCUCAAGCCUAUUUUACACUGUUACCAGAAGAUCCUGAUGUCCUGCUGCCCAUAGGCGCCGUGUUCAGUUGUCUGACGUUUCUCUUUAUCAUCAGCAUCAGCAUUUACUAUCUUUACAAAGUGGAUAUAGUGCUGUGGUUCAGGAGUGUGUUUCCAGUCUUCUACACAAAUACAGAUUCAGAUGGGAAACUGUACGAUGCCUACGUGGCCUACCCACAACCUUCUGCCACUGGAUACAAUGAGGAAGUGGAGGCAUUUGCUCUUCAGACUCUGCCUGAGGUGUUAGAAAGGAGCUGUGGGUAUAAACUCUUCAUAGCAGGCCGCGACUGUCUGCCUGGGGAGGCCAUGGUGGACUCGGUGGAAGAGAAUAUUCAGGCCAGCCGCUGCCUCCUCCUGCUCUACUCUGCCUCCACUUUCCCCAGCAAAACACACACAAGCAGCACAAGCAGCACCGGCAGCAGCAACAACAACAACCACCCUAAGAAUUAUAUCAUUGAAGAAAGCGAUGAAAGCAAAAGUGUUGACGUCAGAAGCAGCAGAAGCAGCAGCAGCGUGGUUUUUAACAGUGAUGCUGAUGAAGUCCACUCAGACAGCAGGCAGCAGAUGGAGUGUCUGGCAGCAAUGCACAGAUCAUUGCUGGAAGGAUCGCUAAAGGUUGUCCUGGUGGAGCUGGAGGAGAUCACCCCAGCUCAGCUGGCUCUCUUUCCAGAGUCAGUGCGUCACCUGAGGAAAAAACAGGGCGCAGUGUGUUGGUGGAAGGAGAGGAGGGCGAAGAAAAGGUGGAGCAGGUGUGGCUCAAAGACUGGGAAUGUGGAGCAGGACUCAAAGGCAUCUCCGUCCGUCUCCCCUUCCUCCAUGUUCUGGAAGGAGAUCCGGUAUCACAUGCCGGUGAGGGGGAAGAGAGUCGCGUACCCAGAGAAGACAGCUUUGUUGAACCUAUGAUGAGCAUUUACUGUGAAUAUCUAAGUUAAGGAGCUGUUUCCAGUGCAUAUGUGUGGUCAGGAAGUCUCUCCUGCACAGGAAAGUCUGUCAUGUUGCAAGUUAGCUGUGCAGAGAUGUGACUACGGCUGAUGACCACUCAAAGAUUGUGUCCUGCGGUUGGUGUGAAUUCCGUGGUGGCAGAAUGAAGGCAACGGCCGCACGUGGAGGACACUUAGUCAAGGAGAGAAGCGUGGAUAUUGUGUUUCAACCACGAGUGAUAAUCAGUCAUUAACUUAUCUUCCAGAUCCAGAAGUGAAGCUAAUGUCUGUAAAAGUUCUCAGUCAUCCAUGACCAUUUUUUUUUGAGAAGAUCACAGAUUUCCUCCGUCCCUUUAAGAGACACUGCUGUCUCUUAAAUGACCACAAGAUGGCAACACCAAUGCUAUUCUGUAUAGUUUGUCAUGAAAACGUUUUUUUUUUCUUUAAAAAGCCCAGAUGCUGCACAACAGGGAAGAAAAUGUCAUUUUAAAGAAAAAUAAUCUUAAAAAAAAUAUGUUUAUUAAUAUGUUUCCUUCAGGGACAUUUCAAUUGCUGUUACUUUUUCUGACUCUUCUCACUAAUCUUUUAAGAUUGCUGCUUAACAUUCUAUUUACAAUUAUUUUUCUUUUUUUUCUUCCUAACAUUUACAACUGUGCAUGCGACUAGUUCUAUCAAAUUUGAGCUAAUCGUACCUUAUUUUGCUUUUUCUAGUUAUUUCACUUCAUUAAUCUAACUUUACUCCAAACAGGCAUUUCAAAAUUAAUUAAAUUUAAUUCAGGGGCAAUUACAGCACCACAUCAAUUUUUUUUCCAUGUAACAAGCAAACAUAUGUUUAAAUCAGGCAUGGGCAACCUAAGGUCCAGGGGUUCACAAUAGAUGGCGUAGAAAAUGAUAGAAGGAUUUUAGCAUUUUAGCAUUUAUGCAUGACUUUUACAUGUCAUUUACCUUAUCUGAGUCAAAAUGUUGAAUGAAUACCAUGACAUGCUGAAGCCAAAGACAUUUCACUGUUUCACUACUGGAGCCUAGCUGUACCUCUUCUCUAUGGGUCAUUAAAAAUGUUUAUCAUGAGGACUCUGAACGGUCACGUUGUUUAUGUAUUUUCACUGAAAAACUGUAACAAAAAAACUGGGUGUUUACACUGCUGAAGAAGAACAUGCUGCCCUCGUUGCUCUGCACAAAAGUAAAACGUUAUCAUUAGAUGGAAUUAUGUGGGUAAAAAAAGAAUAAAACUAAUUUUCAGUACCACAAGAUCUGUUUUCUAUAAAUAACAUUUCAUAAUGACACAAGACCACAUUUAGCUUAUCAUGUAAAUACAGAGUACAUGUGUAUUUUAGACUCUACUUGUGUUUUAUUUCUUAGUAAAUGUUACUUCUAAACUGUUCUGUUCUAAUCUGCUCAUUUCAUCACAUCAUGUAAAAUACAUUUAGUUUAUCAGUGUAACAGAGGGAAGGGAACAAUCCAGUGUUUUUCAAAACUGUGGGGUCGCCUGAAAUGUCUAGUAAUUUAUUAUUAUUUUGAACUAAAUUUCUUUUUAAUUAUGUUCAAAAACACACAACGAGUUCAAUUAAAAUGCAGCAUACAAAAA